ACCAUCCAUUUGCCUGGAAGCCAGCGGGGGUUGGAGGCAGGUUUGGUUGAAACAUUUGAAGAGAACUGGCUUCCACUUCUUUGCUGAACCACAGAGUGGAAUUCACACUCACCACACUAAAGUUUAUCAAGCAGCUCAGCUUCCUGUUUUUGUUAGUGCUCAGACCGGGGCUCCUGUAUUCAGAAGAAUGCCGACUGGGAUUUCAAACUCUGCACUAACAAUGCCUGAAUUUUCCUAAUCUACACUCUUGCUGCCUGCCCUGAUUUAUCUACUUUUUUUUUUUUUUUACUUCAUUUUUCUUUAAGGGUUUUGUUUGGGUUUUUUAGUGUUAUUUUUCAAUCUGCCCUCUUACUGCUCUAUCGAGGAAGACUGUGUCGCACAUGAGAGAGAACCUUUUACUAAAGUGUCAUGAAUUAUAAAGACUGAAGGAUUUAACAGUGGGAGAGAGGGAGCAGAAAGUAGGCACAAUAUGUAAGCGGGCAGCACGACAGCUUGUGCCAUGGACUAUUCCCCGUGACGGGCUUAACCUGGGAGGCAGCUUAUAGAAGCCUUUGUCAUACUUGUACCUUUUGCUGUACUGGCGCUUUGCUUCUUGUGGAGGGGCAGAAGUGUUCAUCUUCACUAUGGAAACACUCAGGGAGUCUUUUUUGCACUUGACAUUUCAGAUGUCCACCUACAAGAGAGCUACGUUUGAGGAAGACGAUCUCGUGGACUCAACAGCAGAUGAGGUAUACCCCAAUGGCAUGCAGGUGAGUGUCAACCAAAAAAGUCGUGGUCACAAGUGCUGGUCUGAGAGGACGUCAGUGGGGAAGAGGCUACUGGUUAUCUCUGCACUGCUCUCACUUGCUCUGCUAAUUUGUAUCCUAAUCCUUGGGCUGCACUACAAGAACACACACUCCAGGCUUUGCUUGUCAGAGUCCUGCAUCACCGUGUCCAGCUCCAUACUGGCGUCUUUGGAUCGCUCUGUGAACCCCUGUGAGGACUUCUACUCCUAUGCGUGUGGUGGAUGGGUGAAGAGCAAGCCACUCCCUGAUGGCCACUCUCGCUGGGGAACCUUUAACAACCUUUGGGAGCACAACCAGGCAAUAAUGAAGCAUCUUUUAGAGAAUACAACUAUGAAUGGAACAAGUGAGGCAGAGCGCAAAGCCCAAAGGUAUUUUCAGUCCUGCAUGAACGAACAGAAGAUAGAAGAACUGGGAGCCAAACCUCUAAUUAGACUUAUUAACGAGACUGGUGGAUGGAAUGUGACUGGUCCAUGGAAUAAAGACAAUUUCCAGGAGGUCUUACAAAGAGUUUCUGCAAAUUACCACACGUCUCCAUUUUUCUCAAUAUAUGUGAGCACAGACUCGAAGAACUCAAACAGCAAUAUCAUCCAGAUAGAUCAGUCAGGAUUGGGUCUUCCCUCUAGAAACUACUACCUCAAUAAAACUGCCAAUGAAAAGGUACUGACUGCUUAUCUCCACUUCAUGGUGGAGCUGGGGGUACUACUUGGUGGCUCAAAUGUUUCUACAUGGGACCAGAUGCAGAAGGUUCUGGACUUUGAGACUUCCCUUGCCAACAUUACUGUGCCCCAAGAAGACAGAAGAGACGAGGAGCUAAUCUACCAUCAAAUGCAAGCUAAGGAGUUGCAGACUCUUGCUCCUGCUGUGGAAUGGAUGCCCCUACUCUCAGUUAUGUUUGCACCCAUUGAGCUGAAUGACUCUGAGCCAGUCGUGGUGUAUGCCAAGGAGUAUCUGCAGAAAGUCUCUGAUCUCAUUAAUAGCACUGAUAAAAGCAUCCUCAACAACUACAUGAUUUUAACAGUGGUACGUAAAACAGCAUCCAGCCUUGACCAGCGCUUUCAGGAUGCAGAGGAGAGAUUUUUGGAGGUCAUGUAUGGAACUAAAAAGAGCUGUACCCCUCGAUGGAAGUUAUGUGUUAGUGAUACAGACAGUGCCCUUGGUUUUGCACUGGGAGCCAUGUUUGUGAAGGCCACAUUUGCCGAAGACAGCAAGAAAAUAGCUGAAGAUAUGAUCUCUGAAAUAAAAACAGCAUUUGAAGAUAGCCUUAAAGAUGUGACCUGGAUGGAUGAUGAAACCAGACAAGCUGCUAAGGAGAAGGCUGAUGCUAUAUAUAACAUGAUUGGUUACCCAAAAUUCAUUAUGGACAACAAAGAACUUGAUAAAGUGUUUAAUGAUUAUGAAGUGGUGUCAGACCUCUAUUUCCAGAAUGUGAUGCAGUAUUAUAACUUUUCUGCUAAGGUGAUGGUGGAUCAGCUGAGAAAAGCCCCCAAUCGUGAACAGUGGAGUAUGACCCCCCCAACAGUCAAUGCCUACUACUCCCCCACUAAAAAUGAAAUGGUCUUUCCUGCAGGGAUCCUCCAAGCUCCUUUCUACAGCAGAAAGUGGCCAAAAUCCUUAAACUUUGGUGGAAUUGGAGUAGUAAUGGGACACGAGCUGACUCAUGCUUUUGAUGACCAAGGACGUGAAUAUGACAAAGAAGGAAAUCUGCGGCCUUGGUGGAAAAAUUCAUCGGUAGAAGCCUUCAAGAAGCAAACAGAAUGCAUGGUAGAGCAGUAUGGGAACUACAGCAUCAACAAUGAGGCUCUGAAUGGGAAGCACACUCUUGGAGAGAACAUUGCUGACAACGGGGGACUAAAAGCAGCCUACAAUGCCUAUGAGAAUUGGAUUAAGAAAAAUGGAGAAGAGGAAGUUCUUCCUGCAUUGGAAUUAACUAAUGAGCAGCUCUUUUUUGUAGGCUUUGCACAGGUGUGGUGUUCAGUUCGGACUCCAGAGAGUUCCCAUGAAGGCGUGAUCACGGACCCUCACAGCCCAUCCCGUUACAGAGUCAUUGGCACAGUAUCUAAUUCGUUGGACUUCUCCAAACAUUUCAACUGUCCAGCUGGCUCCCCCAUGAACCCAAGACAAAAGUGCCAACUUUGGUAAUUUGCCACUAACCAAUCUUACAUGAGCUUUAAAGUGAAGAGGAGCUGGAAUUCUGGGAUUGAAAACCACUAUAACAAAAUGCUUCAAGUGACCAGAUAGAGGUUGACUAAUGAGAAUAAAGAGCUCAGCUUAAAAUAUAUACAGAUGUUUUUAAAGAUUAAUUAUAUAUUUUUUGACAUUGUACAUGAUUUGAGCACUGGACUCCACAGCAAAAUGCAACAAAAAUGCAGCUGUGAAGAAUAGAUGGAUUUUUUAUAUAGAUGCAUAUAUAUAUAUAUAUAUAUAUAUAUAUAUAUAUAUAUACUAUUUAUUUUUUCAUUUUGUAAUCACCUGUUUUGCAUUUCUUUUUAAAACAAAUAAACCAAAGAGCUCCAGUCUUGCUCCAAGUUGUACUCUGAAACCACUAAAAACUUCUGCCAAAAUAUGCAGAACGUGAAUUCCAUGAACUCCAAAUGUGCCUUCACUCGUCUUGUCUACAGAUCUGACCCUUUGUGACAUGUCUUAUGGAACUGGAUCUGAUAUGCACUCUCUCCAGUCAGGAAUGCUGCACCUUUAAAUCUUUGUAAAUAAUUGAUCUCUGAGGAAAGGGAAAACCGAACAUAAAGAAACUGAAUUGGCCACAGAGAGCUGCAUUCAUUUUGAUCCUUCUUGUUUAGACUAAAGAUGGGAAUCUGGCUUCUCGGAGGUCUUGGUUUCUGCUCCGUUUUAUUCUGUCCGUUUUUUUUUUUUUUUUAAAGAGAAGUUUGUUUCUGCUUUUAAUUAAACUUCUAUGUGGUUUUGGU